CUUCUGCACACGUGUAUUGCUACAAGAGGCAGGCCACAAUAGAGUAGCUGGCCUCUACAGAUGUACACAGCGUUCCACAUGGCCCGCUGUCCCAGGAGGGCCCCCAUUUUCACCGGGACUGUGGACUGAGCACACACCUACAAAUGACCUCUUCAUAAAAUACAAAGUAGUGCAGAAGUGGAGGAGAACCAGACCCCAAGCGUGCUGCAGGCUGAACAAUACCAUGUUGUCUCGCUGUGCACUCAGUGUGUGCCAUGUGUUUGUGUUGGUGCUGUGUGUGUCUGCGACUGAGGACUUCGACUGGACAAAGAACGACCACGGCUCCUUCUAUUAUGGCACUUUUCCAACUGGAUUUUCGUGGGGUGCCGGCAGUUCAGCCUAUCAAACAGAAGGAGCCUGGGAUAAGGAUGGAAAAGGACUGAGUAUUUGGGACAUAUUCAGUCAUAAGAAAGGCAAAAUUCAACUCAAUGAGACAGGGGAUUCCUCUUGUGAGGGCUACUACAAAGUAAAGGAUGAUGUCGCUUUGAUGAAGGAGCUCAAGUUGAACCACUAUCGCUUUUCCAUUUCCUGGCCUCGACUCAUUCCCACUGGUAUCAAAUCUGAUCAUAUCAGUGAAAGAGGAAUUCAGUACUAUGAUGAUCUGCUUGACCACCUGCUGGGAAACAAGAUCACUCCUAUUGUCACUUUGUAUCACUGGGAUCUCCCACAGGUAUUGCAAGAGAGAUAUGGCGGGUGGCAGAAUAUAAGCAUGGUCAAUCAUUUCAAUGACUUUGCAAGCUUGUGCUUUGAGAGAUUUGGCAACCGAGUAAAAUACUGGAUUACUUUCAGCAAUCCAUGGUCUGUAGCAGUGGAAGGCUAUGAAACAGGUGAGCAUGCCCCCGGACUGCGGACGAGAGGAACUGGAGCAUACCGGGCUGCCCAUCACAUUAUUAAGGCUCACGCUAAAGUUUGGCACACAUAUGACACACAGUGGAGGGCAAAACAAAAAGGUCUUGUCGGCAUCUCCCUGACUGCAGACUGGGGAGAGCCUGUAGACAUUAGCAACCAGAAGGACAUUGAAGCAGCUGAGCGAUAUGUCCAGUUCUCACUUGGAUGGUUUGCCACACCUGUCUUUCAUGGAGACUACCCUCAAGUGAUGAAAGACUUCAUCGGCAAGAAAAGCAUCCAGCAGGGUCUUGGGACAUCUCGCUUGCCCUCAUUCUCCCCCCAGGAGAAGAGCUACAUCAAAGGUACCUGUGACUUCCUGGGCAUAGGUCACUUCACCACACGUUACAUCACCCAGAAGAAUAACCCAUCAGGUCGCGGUAGCAGCAGCUACUUCAUGGACCGCGACUUGGCCGAACUAGUUGACCCCCAGUGGCCUGACCCUGGCUCUGAGUGGCUCUAUUCUGUGCCAUGGGGUUUUAGACGUCUGCUCAAUUUUGUUAAGACUCAGUAUGGAAACCCAAUGAUUUAUGUGACUGAGAAUGGAGUCUCUGAGAGGAUGCAAUGCACAGAGCUGUGUGAUGACUGGAGGAUACAGUAUUACAAAGACUACAUCAACGAGAUGCUCAAAGCUAUCAGAGAUGGGGUCAAUGUCAAAGGUUAUACUGCGUGGUCCCUGCUGGACAAGUUUGAGUGGGAUGAAGGCUUCACUGAGAGGUUUGGCUUAUAUUAUGUGGACUUCAGGAACAAAAACAAGCCUCGCUAUCCCAAAUCUUCAGUUCAGUUUUACAAGCGCAUCAUCACCUCCAACGGAUUUCCCAACCAAAGAGAGGUUGAGAACUGGAGGAGGAAGGCUGUUGAGACCUGCUCAUCAAGCAACCAGCUCCUUGCUGCAGCUAGAAGAAAAGCCACGGAACAUGCAGAAAAGCCAAGGGUUUGGCCUGUGCAUGAUGAAGUUUAAACUUGAUUGAGGACCCACUGACCAGUCACAUGGAGAUGGUAACAGAGAUUGUUGUUCCAACUGUGUGCACACUCUCCAUUUUACUGAGUGCCAUCUUCCUCAUGUUCCUGCUGCAGAGGCGGAACUAGCAGAGAGAGAAAAAACAAACUUGAGCACAGUGACAACCCCGCAAUACACAACUGUGAGAAGAUGCUGUAGUGUAGGGUAUUGUUUAGCAUCUACCACCUGAUACCCGUGCUAAGUCAGUACUUCUGAAACAGUGCCCGAACCAGUACUUAAAAAGGAAAACAUACAAAUUUUGUCCAAAAAAAUGCCUUUUUACUUCCAUUGAAUUUUGUGAUGUACAAGUUGAACAGAGACCAGUCCAGGGUGUACCCCGCCUCUUGCCUGAAGUCAGCUGGGAUAGGCUCCAGCUUACCUCUGUGGCCCUAGUGAGGAUAAGCGGCAUAGAACAUGGAUGGAUGGGAAGCUGAACAGAAUAGUAAUUAAAGUACUAAAAUAACAAGAAAUACAAUUACAAUUAAAUAGUAAAAAAGUAGUAACUACUAUUUUACCACCAAAAGGAGGCAUCGAUAUCUACUUUCAGUCUGAUCACUAUCGUUUACGUAUGCACUCGUGCCAUUAAGGUGCCGAGUAUCGAUACCCAUCCCUAGAAGGCGCACACACAUUUAUUUUUAAGUGAAGCAGAUAUUUCAAUGAACUGUGUGUGUGAACAUAAAUACAGUAAACUAUUUGGAUUGAAUUUUAUUUUGAUGUGUAAACAGUUAUAACAGUUGUAACAUUUUGAAUUUUCCCAUUAAAAUAUUGCUGUGAAAAAUA